AUGACGUACGCGCUUGCACUGAAUCGACACGCGCCAUGGAGAAUUUCAUUCAUCUUGUUCUUUCAAAUCAUUACAUGCGAGGUUGCUCUGCUUGAUCGGGACGGAAAUCUCGGUGUGAAGGCGUCGACCGAAGGGUGUAACCUCCGGAUCCUGCAGCGCCUUCGAGGAGGCGUCGAUGACGAUGAAGACGGGAUCGACAACUUGAUCCAAGAUGCAUACGCGUUCAACAAACAGCCCUCAGUGCCCGUGGUGACGGAUACCCCCGGUCCCUGGAAGCGACAGUUGAGCUCUGAUGCACCCAGAGACUUCAGGGAGAGCACGAUCAAACGCCCGAGAUUCGCCAGCCAUCUGAGGAACUCGACCCUUGCGCUCAGAAAUGGCGCAAGGAGUGGGAGAGGUCGGAAUGUAACGCUGUACAGCAACCUCAACGCUAAGUACCAAGUACGGACGAGUGGAAGGACUGUCAACUCGACGGCUCUGAAACCGACAAGACCUGUCUUCAACAACAGGCCUGACAACUUCACAGCGGUCAAAGGCAACUUCAACAGUUACUACGGCUAUCGGAAAGCAAGUGCAAUGAAUUCGUCGAUCGGGAAGGUCUUGAAACCCGGAGUCUGGGGCGAUCCUCGUUUGGACCUGCUGAAGGCGGAGUUUUUCAAGGGGAAGACAUGUUUGGACAUAGGCUGCAAUGCUGGAUAUCUGACCAUGAGCAUCGCAUACCUGUUCGAGUGCAAGAGCAUGAUUGGGAUCGACUGCGACGCUGCUCUGGUCCAGCAGGCGAAGAGGGUGAAGAAGAACAUCAAGUGGGAUUUCGAGAAGGAAGGGAGGAGCAAGUGUCCGGUGUACUUCCAACAUGAAGAUUUCAUUACCAACGAUCAUUUCAGAGACGUCAGGUAUGACGUCAUCACUUGCUUCAGCGUGACAAAAUGGGUCCACCUUGUUCACGGCGAUGAAGGGAUCAAAAAGAUGUUUCGCAAGUGUUUCGACCUCCUGCAGGAUGACGGGAUUCUGAUCCUGGAGCCUCAGCCGUGGAGGUCAUACCACAACAAGAGGAAAGUUUCGGCUGAGAUCGAAGCGAUAUAUAAUAGCAUUCGCAUCCGCCCGAACCUCUUCGUCAACGAGACCCUUCCCUCUGCUGGAUUCCUGGUGGAAGACUUGGGUGAGAUGACGUGA